GAAAGGAAGGAACAACCCCCACGGAAGAGAAUUAGGGUUAUACAAAAAGUGGGUCAGCCAAGUUCAAUUUUUUUUUCUUUUUUUUUUUUUUGCAGUUUUAAUUUGUGUGUGUGUAAAGCUGCUGCGUGUUGGGAGUAUUUUAAUUUGAUAAUUAUAAUAUAUAUAUAUUUUGUAUGGGAAAUUGGUUUGAUUCAUGGUAUAGAAAGGAAAGGGAGGAGGGAGAGAGCGAGAAAAGGGGGCAGGGCAAUGCAUAGGUGGUGGGGCGGUGGUGCAGAUUCUAAAGGGAUAGAUUAGAUGAGACUGAGAACAUUCUGAGCUCUGCCUUUUUGUGAAAACAUGGUGUUGCAAUGGUGGCUGGCAAAGAUCAGGGACAACUCAUCUUUCUCAUAUCUGGAUUGAUCGAUGUGUAUGUAUUUUGCAGGAAAGCCAAGAAGAAUUCGUGUUUUGAAAAGCAUAUUUGAUCUUCGAACUUCGGUUGUUUUGUUGCCAUUGAAGAUUGGAAAAAUAACAAUUUGUGUCUGGAAAUGAAGUUUAUGAAAUUAGGAUCGAAGCCCGAUCAGUUUCAGACUGAAGGGGAUAAUAUCAGGUAUGUAGCGACAGAUUUGGCGACCGACAUGAUCAUCACCGUCGGGGACGUCAAAUUUUAUCUUCACAAGUUUCCUCUUCUCUCCAAGAGCCCACAUCUCCAGAAGCUAGUUGCCAAUUCGAGCGACGACGCUGACAGCGACGUCACCGUAAACGAUAUCCCGGGUGGACCCGCUGCAUUCGAGAUAUGCGCCAAAUUCUGUUACGGUAUGGUCGUGACUCUCAACGCUUACAACGUCGUGGCGGCACGAUGCGCAGCGGAAUACCUGGAAAUGUACGAGACCGUCGAGAAAGGGAACCUGAUAUACAAAAUCGACGUCUUUCUGACGUCGAGCGUUUUCCGGAGCUGGAAAGACUCCAUAAUCGUGCUCCAGACGACGAAAUCGUUUCUCCCUUGGUCCGAGGAACUGAAGAUCGUCGGCCACUGUAUUGAUUCGAUCGCUUCCCGAGCUUGCACCGACCCGUCGAAAGUCGACUGGUCUUAUACUUACAAUCGGAAGAAGCUCCCGUCCGAGAACGGGGAAGAUUCGCAUUGGAACGGCGUUAAGAAACAACUUACCGUACCGACCGACUGGUGGGUCGAAGACCUCUGCGAACUUCCGAUCGAUAUGUAUAAGAGGAUUAUUACGACGAUACGGUCGAAAGGAAAGGUAUCCGCCGAAGUCGUCGGCGAAUCGUUACGGGCGUAUGCGUUGAAGAGGCUUCCGGGCUUCGGCGACGGCGGGAUACAAGGUAACGAUGCUGCGAGAUUCCGUUACUUGGUCGAGACGAUCAUGUAUUUGCUUCCGCGAGAAAAAAGUUCGGUCCCGUGUAGUUUCUUGCUGAAGCUAUUACAAGCGUCGACGAUUUUGGAAUGCGGCGAGACAGGGAGGCACGAGCUUGUCCGAAAAAUCUCCCGGCAGCUCGACGAGGCGACCAUCGGCGACUUUCUGAUUUGGUUGCCGACUGGCGAGGCGACACCGUACGAUAUAGACGUCGUGCACGAUAUGGUCGAGGGGUUCGUAACGCAGGAAAGUUUCGAUGGCGACGGCGGUGGCGGCGAUCGUCCCGAAGCGUCGAAAAUUAAGGUGGCGAGAUUGGUCGAUGGGUACCUAGCCGAAGCCGCUCGGGAUGCAUCUUUGCCGUUGUCGAAAUUUGUCGCUCUAGCUGAAAUGGUUUCGUCUUUUCCAAGACCGAGUCACGACGGAAUCUACCGUGCGAUCGACAUGUUUCUAAAGGAACAUCCGGAGCUGACAAAGAGCGAGAAAAAGAGAAUAUGUCGAUUAAUGGAUUCGCGGAAGCUCUCGCCAGAUGCGUGCGCGCACGCCGUGCAGAACGAGAGGCUACCGUUACGCGUCGUCGUGCAGGUUCUUUUCUUCGAGCAAGCUCGAGCGGCGGCAUCGUCGGGGAAUAAUACGCCGAAUGUGCCCCCCCGGUUGCUCCCGGGGGGGUCGUGCGGGAGCUCGAGGUCGGCGACGACGAAUUCGGACGAGGAUUGGGACGGGGACCUGACGUCGGGCGAGCUGAAGGAUUCGAAAGGCGAGAUGGCGGCGCGGAACAAAGGUCGGGGAAACGACGGCGGCAAUCGAUUGAGCUCGGAGAAGGAUACGCCGACGAAGGUGAAGAAAAUGCUGUCGAAACUCUGGUCGGGAAAAGAUCGUGGGGAGAACAACAGCGGCUCCGACACGUCGGAGAGCCCGGCGUCGACCAGUGCUGACGAAACGGCGGCGGCGGUGGCCGGCAAGAACAUGCCGGUGGGGAGAGGUCAGAAGAAGCUGAUGCAGAACAAGUGAGGGAGGAGAGGCCUUGUUUAUCGGGUCGGGCCGGGUAAUUGGAGCGGGCAGGUUUAGGUUGCAUGCAGUGGGGAAGGCUGGAAUCAAAGCCAAAGUUUUGGGUUGGGUCGGGUCGGGUUAUAUUGAUGGCUGUCUGCCUGCUGCUGCUGUUCUUCUCCGAAAUUGGAAAAUUUGUUAGGAAUUAAUUAUUAGAAAGUUUGCUUUGAGGUUUGUAUGUUAAUUGAUUACUAGUUCAUCUUUUUGUCAUUUUUUUCUUUUUUUUUUGCUUUUAUUAUUAUUAUUAUUUACAAUUCUAUGUUGUAAUAGUCGUUAGCUGACUACAUUUUAAGCCCAAUUAGUGAAACUUUACAAUAUUAAAUUUUGAUAUUUA